UUCGAAUAUGGCGGUGAGUUGAACGACAUGCAAACAUUGUACUUCUUGGUGCGGCCACGAAAUCUAGCUUUCCUUUAUUACACCCUCGUUGACAGACUGUCUAAGUUUCCAGUGAUGGCCUUUUCAAGUUGUUCAAAGAACAGAGAAAGUCGCGCUGAUCAAGAUAAGGGACCCAUACAAUUUUUUUCAGGUUCGAAGUUUCCUUACUGUCAGUUUUCAAACUUUUACGAAGUGGAUAUCGAGAUGGCGGAGGGAGUGUUUCCGUCGGUGGAACAUUACUUUCAGGGAAUGAAAUUCAUACCAGAGGACAGAGAACGGUUCACGAAGGGCGGAGAAUUCGACAAGAGGAAAGAGAGUAAUGCCUCAAACGCCAGAGAGGAAGUGGCGAAAGGGAGAUUUGCCAAGUCUGCCGGAUCUAAGUCGGGUUCUGCUAAAUACAGUUUGACGCUAGCAUCUGGUGGUUUAGACCAAGAGGUAGCUAAAAAGAGAAUGAAAAGAGCUUUGCAAAAGAAAUUUGAACAGGAACCCUUUAGAAGUCUACUUUUGGCAACCAAAGGUGUUCAAUUAAUCCAUAUCCCAAUGAGGGGUCGAAUUGAUUUCUGGACAGGGAAAAAAGACAAGAAGACUGGAGAAAUUGUUGGUGAGAACACAAUGGGAAAAAUACUCAUGGAAAUCAGGGGUAUUAUACAGGAAAACCGUAUUUCCUGGAAUAAGCGCCCACACUCUGAUGAGUGCCUUCCCCCAAAGAAGCGCCCUAGGUUAGGCCUACCCCCCUAAUGUCAAACAAGCACAACUAUGAAAUAAAUGUCCCUCUCUAUUUAUACCAUUUUGAGCUUCAACUACAGUGCAAUAAAUACAGGAGAAUUAAUUUGUUUUCUGUUAAGUCUCUUCCAAUUAAUUUUUUUUCCAUGUGCUUACUGUUCCUUUACUUUUUUCCUACUGCCAUGCCCUUGGUAAAGGUUUUUAGCUUUCCAGGAUCAACUAGAACAUUCUUUAGUCUUCAAGCACUGGUAUUUUUUUUAGGAUAAUAAAGUUAUUGGGAUGCAUUUGAAGAAAACAGUGCAUUUCUUGAUAAAGUACCUUCAUUUUAGUAAGUGCCCCUCCUUUUAGUUUAAAUGUUAAAUAAGUAUU